UGAGUUCGGCUUGGCAUCGCGAUACCUCCUCCUUCUCCUCUUCCUGUUUGAGGCAGGGCUUCUUUUAGGUCGCUCUUCCAGGACGCCAGGCCAGUUGUGGAGUGGUCAGUGUCCAUUUUCUCUGUCUCUUUUUCACAACCUUGAUCCCCAAAUACCAUUUACUGGCUGGUGGCCUGUGGAAUUUCCCUGCCCCCACCUCACCGCGUCACAGGCGAGCGCGCGCCCCGGCCCCAGGAACCAAUCAGCAGUCGCCUUAGGCCAUCAUGUCUGAGUCGGGGCACAGCCAGCCCGGGCUCUACGGGAUAGAACGGCGCCGGCGGUGGAAAGACCCCAGCUCUGGUGGCCCGCAGAAUCUCUCCGGGCCUGGCGGUCGGGAAAGGGACUACAUCGCACCGUGGGAAAGAGAAAGGCGGGAUGGCAGUGAAGAGGCCAGCACAGCCGUCAUGCAGAAGACUCCCAUCAUCCUCUCGAAACCUCCGGCAGAGCGGUCUAAGCAGCCGCCAGCGCCAGCUGCACCUGCCGCACCACCAGCUCCAGCCCCUCUGGAGAAGCCCAUCGUCCUCAUGAAGCCGAGGGAGGAGGGGAAGGGCCCAGUGGCCGGGACAGGUGCUUCUACCCCUGAGGGCACUGCCCCACCACCCCCUGCAGCCCCCGCACCACCCAAGGGCGAGAAGGAAGGGCAGAGACCCACACAGCCUGUGUACCAGAUCCAGAACCGGGGCAUGGGCACUGCCGCGCCCACAGCCAUGGACCCCGUGGUGGGCCAGGCCAAACUGCUGCCCCCAGAGCGCAUGAAGCACAGCAUCAAGUUGGUGGAUGACCAGAUGAACUGGUGUGACAGUGCCAUUGAGUAUCUGUUGGACCAGACUGAUGUGUUGGUGGUGGGUGUCCUGGGCCUCCAGGGGACAGGAAAGUCCAUGGUGAUGUCAUUGUUAUCAGCCAACACUCCUGAGGAAGACCAGAGGGCGUAUGUUUUCCGGGCCCAGAGCGCUGAAAUGAAGGAGCGGGGCGGCAACCAGACCAGCGGCAUUGACUUCUUUAUUACGCAAGAGCGGAUUGUUUUCCUGGACACCCAGCCCAUCCUGAGCCCCUCCAUCUUGGACCAUCUCAUCAACAAUGACCGGAAGCUGCCUCCUGAGUAUAACCUUCCCCACACCUACGUGGAGAUGCAGUCACUGCAGAUCGCUGCCUUCCUCUUCACGGUCUGUCACGUGGUGAUUGUGGUCCAGGACUGGUUCACAGACCUCAGUCUGUACAGGUUCCUGCAGACAGCAGAGAUGGUGAAGCCCUCCACCCCGUCCCCCAGCCACGAGUCCAGCAGCUCAGCGGGCUCUGAUGAAGGCACCGAGUACUACCCCCACCUGGUCUUCUUGCAGAACAAAGCUCGCCGGGAGGACUUCUGUCCUCGGAAGCUGAGGCAGAUGCACCUGAUGAUUGACCAGCUCAUGGCGCACUCCCACCUGCGCUACAAGGGUACUCUGUCCAUGUUGCAGUGCAACAUCUUCCCGGGACUCCCGCCAGACUUCCUGGACUCGGAGGUCAACUUGUUCCUGGUGCCCUUCAUGGACAGCGAGGCGGAGAGUGAAAACCCCCCACGAGCAGGGCCGGGUUCUAGCCCACUCUUCUCCCUGCUGCCGGGGUACCGUGGCCACCCCAGUUUCCAGUCCUUGGUGAGCAAGCUCCGGAGCCAGGUGAUGUCCAUGGCUCGGCCGCAGCUGUCACACACCAUCCUCACUGAGAAGAACUGGUUCCACUAUGCUGCCCGGAUCUGGGAUGGGGUGAAAAAGUCCUCUGCCCUGGCAGAGUACAGCCGCCUGCUAGCCUGAGGUCACAGAGAGGGGUGCUGUGUUGAGAGCCUCUCGGUCCCCAGUGGACAGUGAGGGAGCGCACUGUGCUUGCCUCAAUGGGCCAGAGAGUGGAGCAGGCCCCGAGGAUGAGGGACCAUGACUUCCUCAUCCAGAGACAAAGUGUUCAAGGCCAGCAACGUCCCCAACCCCAACCUUAACUGGGGGCUUAUUCAGGGGUGACUGUAGGAGACCCCACCUCCACCCUGGCCUGAGCUGCCCAUCCUAAGUCCCCUCAAGGACAGGUAGUGGGAGCAGUGUGAGUGGUCGCCAUGGAGCCCGGCCCCGCCCCGCCCCGCCCUCCCUCGCCAGGGCUGGGAGCACCAGGCCACUCUCCCUGACCCCAAGGCCUGUUGGGUCAGGUGAGGUAGGGCUGCAGAGCUCUGUAUUGGGGUGCAUCUGGUGGCUCAAAUAAACACCAUUGCGCAA